AACCGAAAUAAUAAGGGGGAGAAAAAGCAUUGUAUUUUAUCGAUCUUCUUCUUCUUACUAAUAUUUUUCUCUCUUCCUCUGUCUAAUUCUGAAACAAAACAAUGAAACAUUGAGUGGCAAUUUUACUGUGUGGAAUGUUCUUCUUCUGAUAAAAAUGAAGUGUUUCUAUUUCUCAAACGGAGAAGACGAGGAUUCCGUGGGGGGAGGAGCGGCGGCGAGUUCGCGCGGCGGCUCCACCUCGCGCGUGUCGUGGGCUCGUUCGCUGAGCCUGAUGGACACGCGCAGCAGCAGCCGCUCCCACUUCGACUCCGAGUCGACGGAGUUCUCCGACACGGUGGACUUCCACCACUUCCUGGCGCAGCGCCGCGCCAACGAUCUCCGUCUCUUCUCCUUCUCCGACCUGAAAUCCGCCACGCGCGCCUUCAGCCGCGCCCUCCUCGUCGGCGAGGGAGGCUUCGGCUCCGUCUACCGCGGCUUCCUCGACCAAAACGACGUCGCGAUCAAGCAGCUGAACCGCAACGGCCACCAAGGGCACAAGGAGUGGAUCAACGAGGUGAACCUGUUAGGUGUCAUGAAGCACCCUAAUUUGGUGAAGUUGGUUGGGUACUGUGCCGAAGACGAUGAGAGAGGGAUUCAGAGGCUUUUGGUUUACGAGUUUAUGCCGAAUAAGAGCUUGGAGGAUCAUCUCCUUGCAAGAGUGCCAUCGACGAUAAUCCCUUGGGGAACCAGGUUGAGGAUCGCGCAGGAUGCGGCGAGGGGUUUGGCGUAUCUUCAUGAGGAAAUGGAUUUUCAGCUAAUAUUUCGGGAUUUUAAGACAUCCAACAUCUUGCUGGACGAGAAUUUCAAUGCAAAGCUUUCUGAUUUUGGACUGGCUAGGCAAGGACCCUCAGAAGGGUCUGGCUAUGUUUCAACAGCAGUUGUCGGCACCAUAGGUUAUGCUGCACCUGAGUAUGUUCAGACUGGUAAGCUAACUGCUAAGAGUGAUGUGUGGAGCUUUGGUGUAGUUCUUUAUGAGCUUAUCACUGGGAGGAGAGCUGUAGAGAGAAACCUACCAAAAAAUGAGCAAAAGCUUUUGGAAUGGGUAAGACCUUAUGUUUCUGAUCCUAGGAAGUUCUAUCGUAUUGUAGACCCCCGACUUGAGGGACAAUACUGCAUCAAAUCAGCUCAUAAACUUGCAAUUCUAGCAAACAAGUGCAUCAUGAAGCAGCCAAAGUCCCGUCCAAAAAUGAGCGAGGUGGUUGAGUCUCUUGGAAGCAUUAUUAAUGAGAUUGUUCCUCAGGAUGAACAAAUCCCCCAAGCUGCUGUAGUAGCAAUUGGAGAAGAAAAAGAAGAAAAGUUAUCUGUAGAGAACACUAAACCUGAACCUUCAGCUAAACAAGGGAACUAUUACCUGAAGAAGGUUUUUGAAUUGAAAGAUAUUGUCAGCUUAAGAAAUAAGUCUAUUGGAAGGUUAGAUUGGAAAAGUUGGGCACCUGGGCUAGUAAGAACUUGGUGAAUGGUGAUAAGUGACCUGUAUAUCUUGGAAAGAAAAAUCUUCUUCCCCUACAGUCACCUGCUAAUCGCAAUGUUUGUUGAUCACAUAGUUUUCAGUCAGUGAAAUCAACAUUGUCAGGCACACAGUUAACAACAAGCUGGUAUAUAUCCAAUUUUGUAUCAGUUAAUAAUUGUAUGUACAGGUUAAUUUUGAGGAAAGCUAUAAUUUGUUAAAUGAUUUGGCCUUCUCAAAACUAACAUCGAAUUUAGUCUUCAAAAUGAAUAAGUAUUUAGGUAAUAAAAGGAAUUAAAUGUUUCAUUUCAGCUAUA